AGUGUCUUCCAUUCACGUCACGCCUCCGCGACAGUCAAAAUCAUCCAUCCUGAAACACCAACACUGGAUUCUUCUGCAGAUUCUCCCCAAAUAUAUAUCUAAGCUUCGAACCCCCAAAGAUCGAAUUUUUCGAGACAAAAAUGAGCGAAGUGCAGGAAUCGAAAUCGUUCUUGCGAAAACACUGGGAAGGGUACAAGGAAUUCUGGGGUGAGAGAUUUUCAUUUCUGGAUAAUUACUCCAGAUUUCUUUACCCUGAGAAGCCGUUGCCCCAUUGGGACAGUUCCGUUGUCGAAGAGUUCAUCGCGUCGGAUCCCAUCCAUGGCCCCACUCUGAAGACUGCAAGGGAAGCAACUAAAUUUGGUGUUGUAGGUGCUGUUGUUGGAGCAGUUUCAACUGCUGGAUAUGCUUGGAAGUGGUCAAGAAGUCCUCAUGGUGCUGCACUGUCCUUUGCUUUCGGCGCUGCUGUUGGAGGCACUUUUGGACUUGAAAUUGCUAAUCACUGGUACCAGUUAUAUAGGCUCGAUACAAUGGCUUCACAGGUUAAAUUCUAUGAGUGGCUGCAGAAAAGAGCUUGAAGAGAGCCUCAGAUUUGGCUGCCUUUAAACUCAAACUGCAACUUCCUUUCAAGCAAUAAUAAUGGAAGCUCUUUGUGAUGAUUGACUUUAGUUGUCAACUCAGUGAAUUGUCUCUCUUUUUGUUUUUGUGUUUGGUUUCUUCUGUGGAAUUUUAUGCUUCUUAUUUUCCUAGGGACGGAAAGAUAUCGAGUGAUUUCCAUCGUUAUAUUUCUUGUUUUCCAACCUCUGAUUUUACUAGACUACAUGGGUUGUAGCUCUGUUAGGAAUAAACUCCAACCUCAAUCAGCAUUUCUGAUUGCACAUAUUUCGUGGCAGCUAAUUACGUUUUUAAGGCAC